GCCCAGUCGCGGAAAAGCAGCUGUUUUGGCGUCCGUUUGCUGCGGGAGGAACAUGGCGGAUCGGCUCACGCAGCUUCAAGACGCUGUGAAUUCGCUUGCAGAUCAGUUUUGUAAUGCCAUUGGAGUAUUGCAGCAAUGUGGUCCUCCUGCCUCUUUCAGUAAUAUUCAGACAGCAAUUAACAAAGACCAGCCAGCUAACCCUACAGAAGAGUAUGCCCAGCUUUUUGCAGCACUGAUUGCACGCACAGCAAAAGACAUUGAUGUUUUGAUAGAUUCCUUACCCAGUGAAGAAUCUACAGCUGCUUUACAGGCUGCUAGCUUGUAUAAGCUAGAAGAAGAAAACCAUGAAGCUGCUACAUGUCUGGAGGAUGUUGUUUAUCGAGGAGACAUGCUUCUGGAAAAGAUACAAAGUGCACUUGCUGAUAUUGCACAGUCACAGCUGAAGACAAGAAGUGGUACCCAUAGCCAGUCUCUUCCAGACUCAUAGCACCAGUGGAUACCAUGUGGCUGAGAAAAGAACUAUUUGAGUGCCAUUAAGAAUUCUGCAUCAGACUUAGAUACAAGCCUUACCAACAAUUACAGAAACAUUAAACACUAUGACAUGUUACCUUUUUAGCUAUUUUUAAUAGUCUUCUAUUUUCACUCUUGAUAAAUAAGCUUAUAAAAUCAUGAUUGAACCAGCUUUAAACUGUCACACCAUCAUUUUUUAACUGAGUGAAAUUAUUAAGGCAUAUAAUGCAUUAAUGAACAUAAUAUAAGGAAACGUGUAAAAUUCUGUUAUGACAUAAUUUAUGUCUCCAUUUUGUUGUAUUGGCCAGUACUUUUACAAAUCAAAACAUCUCAAGCCAGAGGAGAAGAUAGUAAGAACAGACAUAAGGGACAUUUUAGUUUAGCUAGUAUCCUGCCUCUUAAAGGUGGCAUUGUGUAAAUCUGAGCUUUGAGCAAGAAAGUUUUGGAAAUUGUGUUGCUUUUAAGAAAUAGAAUUAGUGUGGCCGGAUAAGAAAGUCACAUUUAUGCAAAUGUUUCUUCUGCUAGAACCUCAUACCUGUUCUAGUUCAUCUCCACAUUUAUUUUACCAAGAAAUCCUCUGUCAAGAGAAUUUCCUUGCUGUUGUGAAAGAGUUUUUCUACAUCCUGAACUAUUUUUCCUAAUUCUUUUCACCUUACUUUUUUUCAUCCUUCUCCUUAAUUUGCUUGUCAUCACAAUGAAGUAUGUUUUUUGAAUCAUCAAUUCUUUCUCAUUCUCCAUUUAUCUGAAGGUUCUUUUGCCCUUAUUAACCCCUCAACUUUCAUUGCUGUAUUCUAGUCAGACCAGAACAUACUUCCACUACAUCAGUUACUUGGCACCAUUUCACCUCAGUUUAUUAUUGCCAAAUAAUAAUUUGUAUCAGCAUUUUCAACUAUGGUUACUCAUCCAAUCCUUGGAUCUCUUUGAGUCUACUGAUUAUCUCCACUGGAAAGGUGGAAUUGAAAUGUGGUGCACAUUUUAACUGGCCAUCUCCUGGGGCUGUAUUUUUCAGAAUAUCCUGAGCUGCACUUGCUGCAAUCUGUUGCUAUUCAGAGUUUAAGUUUCAGGAGAAAACAGGAACAAUAGAACACUGCCUGUUAUUUUUGUUGUAAUCAAGCUUUUCCACAGUUCCUGAAAAGUAUUAUGUUUCAAAUUUCAGGAACACCAGCAUUAGCUGUAAAAGUUGCAGCAAUUUAUUGGCUAGUCAUAGAAAAUUUUUGAACUUUUAACUGUGUAUUUUAAUUGAUGUUUAUUAAAAACACUUUGCUAUCA